AUGGGAUCCAACAAUAAGAAUGGCCACCCAUUUCCUGUUGGUAAACCUAUGUCGGCUCCAUUACCUAUGGGAAGGGUUAAGCCGGCAACGAAUCCUGGCAAGAAAGCGUACCUUGAUAUGCUUGAUUUCACCGAACGUGUUAGGGUAUCCCAAGGGAAAUUUAACGGACUGGUUCAAUGGUGUUCCAAUUUGCAAUUGGGAGAUUGGAGGAUCAAUCAUCUAGAGAUUAAUGACCGGGGUCAACUUGUCCAUGCUGUUAGUAAAUCCGAUGUCAGGAGUUUACAAAAUACCAUGGACGAAGACGUUACAGACUCGAUCGAUAUGAAGUCCUACAAUCAUCCUAUCAUUAAGCACUUACAAAGCUGCCAGAUUCAACUUGUUCCAACGGAAGCUACAGAAUAUACCACACCAAUUGUGAAGGUUCAAGCCAGUCACAAUACGUUAUAUCUAAAGACGGAUGCAAGAGACUCGUUUUACGAUUUAUUUAGCAGCUUGAUUUUCUGGAAGAGUUUAAAAUCGAAUAACGUCUUCAAUAAGACUACGGUGAUCCAACCUAUUUUCCAUAAACCAGAGGAUCCAGCAAAUGUCAUUCUAUGCCAAUGUCAUGUGUUUGGACCUAUUCCAAGGAGCAAGCAUGUUCAGCUUUCGACGGAACUGCCAACUCCUCCUGAUUUCCAUCAUGAUGAAAAUGAGUACGGCUGGUUUGCUGCGAUGGGUGUGUUGAAAAGUGAUGGUAUCUUGGAAUUAUUGUUGCAGAGUGAUGGAUCCUUGAUUUACUCUAUCGAUGUUACGAAAUUCUUGAGGUCGGAAAUUCAAAUUGUAAACUCCUCUAUUUUCCAAUCAGAUAAGUACUUGAGUAUGGGUAUUUUACCUGAUCUUCGCUCGCAAUUACAAGUAUCUGCCAAGGAAUCAUGCUUCGUUGACUUUCCGCGCACGUCGUUCAGAACUAGGAAGCUUAUCCAGAAAGUGUAUAUCAGGUUACCUCUGAGAAUUGACCUGGAAGAUUGGUUUGUUGCUCUAAAUUCGUUUGCUAUGCCUGAUGUUUUGAGUUUGAUCGGCACUGAUAAAUCAAACGAACUUAGAAUUUCGAAUAGAUUCAAGAUUUCGAUCUUGGAAGCAGACCUCAGAGAUUUGGAAAUCGACUCUCCAAAUCUUUACGCUGUUCUCGAUCUGUGGGGUCAACCAGUAGCUAGAACAGCCAUUGUUGGUAGAAGUAAAGCCCCCUUCUGGAGAGAAGAGUUUGACUUCAAUUUCAGUGUCAGAACAGAUACUAUAAAAAUCAUAAUCAAGUGUUGUGAGAGUGAAAACUCAUAUUCCACAACAGACCCUAUAAUUGGUCAAAUCCAAAUAACUCAAGAGAUGAUAAAUGAUCCAAACUUGAAUAAAGAAACAAGAUUACCAGUAUUUUCUCACACCAAUAAGAACUUCCAAAUUGGUACGAUAUGUAUUAAGGUGAUAUCGAGUUUGAACUUCAUCCUUCAACCAGUGAAUUUCUCUAAAUUUGAAGAGGUCCUUUCAAAUGUUUCACUUCCAAAGAUAUGUGAUUAUAUGAAAGACAGCAAAAUCGCAACAAGUUUAAAACUAGAAGAUAUUUCACUAGUUUUCUUGGAUGUAUUCCAAGCCCUUGGCCGUGAAAACGACUGGUUCCAAGCACUUAUAGACAGAGAAUUUGAUGAGUUAGACAAAAGUAUCACCAUUAGCUCGGCUAAUAAUCAAUCCUCUAAUCACAUUUACAACUCAUUAUUCCGGGGGAAUUCAAUAUUGACAAAAACUAUGGAAACGUACUGCUACAGAGUUGGACAGGAAUACUUGGAUAAAUGUAUUGGUUCUCUUAUUAGAGAACUGGCAGAAGUAGAUGAAUCUUAUGAAAUUGAUCCUAAUAGAAUCAGAGAAGCUGAUGAAGCUACCAAAGACUUACUUAUUAAGAAGAAUUUCCAAAGACUACUAAAAUUAGCUGAGAAGACUUGGGGUCGUAUAUUCGAAACAUCAAAUGAUCUUCCUCAAGGAAUCAAAACGCAACUUAAAUGUUUCAGAAAGAAGUUAGAAGUAAUUGAAACUGACGAGAACUCAUCUAUGAAAUCUUUAUUGAACUGCUUCUCCGGGUUUUUAUUCUUAAGAUUCUUUUGUCCUGUCAUUUUGAAUCCAAAGAUUUUCAACUUUGUUGAAAACCAUCCAGGUGAAAAUGCCAGAAGGUCUUUGACUUUAUUGGCAAAAAUCAUGAUGAAUUUGUCCACUUUAACUCCAUUUGGCCCUAAAGAACCUUAUAUGACUAAGAUGAACUCAUUCAUUGACGAUCAUAGAGAGGAACUAUUAGAAUACCUGGAUAGAAUUACAGAAAAAAAGCUGGACUUUACUCCAAAAAAGUUAAAAUUGAGUAGCAAUCUUACUAGACCAAAACUCGAAUUGAAUCAGGAUAUUCUGAAACAUUUGCCUGCCAAUCCCUUCUUAAUUGAUAAAUAUUUAAGGGAGACGGAAAUAAUUAAUGCUUUCGCAACAUCGAAGGAGAGUGAGACAUCCACAACUGUAAGGAGCGUUAGUAUGGAACACCUAUUCCAGAUUGUUCAAGAAAAACCCGCUGAAACUAAACAGUUCAGUAUUGGAGGAUUGGAAUUCGAAAAGCUUAGCGAGAACAAUACCGAAGUCUUUGGGGAAGAUUUGUUAAAAUUACUGGGAAAGGAAGAAUCAAACAAUAAGCGUGAAUCAUUGGCGUCUGCUAACACAACAUCAUCGAAUGAUAGUAACCUUAUUUUCCAACUCGAGCAAGAGUCCGUUCUUCUUUUUAAUAAAAUCAAACAACUUGUCACUGUUCUAAAUGACUACGAAUAUCCUAACGAAAUAAUUUUGGGCAAAUCUGAAUAUGCUUCAUUCCUUGCUAACAGUUUGUUUUAUGAUAAGGAUAAGAACGUGUAUCUCGAUUUCCAAAACCUAUAUGCCGUAAAAGAGGGCUACAUAAGACUAUUUAGUUCUGCUACUACAGCAGAACGAUUCUUCCUUUCCUCUGAUAAGAAAGACCAAUCUAUUUUGAACGGUUCUCCAGGUGAAUCGGUUACUAAAACCAGCAAAUUCUCCGUAUUUGGCAAGAAUCCUGCCGAAUUAAAACAAAAAUCGGAAAGCAAAUUAGCUAGAUGGUUCAAAAAAAGUUGA